CACCCUGGUCGUGGGUUAUGAGCUCUGAGGCGCGAUUUUCGUUUUGGAGUAGCCAAAACAGUCCGAAGAUAUUUUUAAAUGUGGCAUCAAAGAUUUAAGAUCAUUUUAAACGUUCAAUCACUGCAUUUCAUUGUGAACAGGUCUUCUAAACGGCUACAUACUAAAAGUAAUGACCGCAUGCAUUUGCAUAUCUCAUGUCCGUUUGCAUAUGUGCACGUGUGUGUGUGUGUGUGUGAGUAAAAGACUCGCGAAAAUUGAAAUGAAAUUGCAUUUCACCACAAUACUGCUGAUCUGCUUCGAGCACGUGUCCAAGGUGAUUGCCCAGGGCAUGCCCAUCAGUCCCUGCCCAAAGAUCUUUCAGUAUCGAUUCGAUGGCAAUGAAUGGUUCGGUUUGAUCGCCGUGCGAAAUCCAGACAUGAGGCAGCCACUCCAGCUGCGCGUCACGCUCUCCAUGAGGGGAAAGCCAACAACGGUGAGGGCUAACCGGCAAACAAUACACAUGCAAUAUAAUACACUAAUACCUUCCAUUUUGCAGAACUAUCUGGGCGAAAUAGAACUACUGACCCGUGGACAGUUCACAAAAAAUGCGCCAGUCCUCUACAAGAUACGCUUUCCAAAGCAUCACUUCCCACCCAAGCUGCUGCUGAUUUCGGCCAACAAUCAUGUAAUUUGCUUUGGAUCUGGCGAUCACAGCAUAUUUAUGACCCAAAUCCAGCUGGAGCACACCAGAAAACUAACCUUUAUACCGGACAAGAAGACUUCGCUUCUACUGGACGAAGUGGAGGCCCUGCCGAAGUCGCCGCCGCCAGUGCCGCCGCGCAGCCAGUUCAAGAAAAAACCCUUUCAUUCGCCCAAGGAGAUUUGUGGAAAGAUAGACAGCAGUCUCGACUUUCGGCUGCCUCUCAGUUCGAGGCGUUCGGAUGCCAUCACAUCGCCCGUGUUUGCCGACAACGAAGACCCUGAUGAUGAAGAAUUUGAGCACUUGUCGGAGGAAGAGCUGCAGGAGCAGGAUACUGUGGAUGGCAGCGCCGUGGGCAGCAGCCUGCCAUCGAUUACGCGCGGCUCGUGGCCCUGGCUGGCGGCCAUUUAUGUGAACAAUCUCACAUCGUUGGAUUUCCAAUGCGGCGGCACACUCGUCUCGUCACGCGUGGUCAUCAGCUCGGGCCACUGCUUCAGGAUGUUCAACAAGCGUUACACGGCCAACGAGGUGCUGGUCUUUUUGGGGCGCCACAAUCUGAAGAACUGGAACGAGGAGGGCUCUCUGGCAGCACCCGUGGAUGGUAUCUAUAUACAUCCGGACUUUAACAGUCAGUUGAGCAGCUACGAUGCGGACAUAGCAGUCAUCCUACUCAAGGACGAAGUGCGGUUCAAUACGUUCAUACGUCCCGCCUGUCUGUGGUCGGGCUCCAGCAAAUCGGAGUAUAUUGUGGGGGAGCAUGGCAUUGUCAUUGGCUGGAGCUUCGACAGAUCGAAUGCGACACAGCAGCAGCAGCAGCAGCAUUCCCAGCAGCAUCUGGGAGAAGGCAAAAAGGCAACCGAUACCAGUAUACCCAAAGUGGUAAAGGCACCCAUCGUUGCGAAUGGAGUGUGCUUCAAGGCGAAUUCACAUUUUCGUAGUCUCUCCUCGAACCGCACCUUCUGCGCAGGCAUACAGCUGGAGUCCAGGGAGCCACAGAGCAGCAGCAGCAGGCUUUACACAGGCAUAUCGGGGGCUGGAUUGAUGAUACUGAAAAACAGUCGCUGGAUGCUGCGUGGCACUGUCUCAGCGGCACUGCCACCCGCCCUAGAGUUGGGUCCUGCUGGUUCCACGAACUGUUGUAGCAAUCAAUAUAUAAUAUAUGCAGAUGUGGCAAAGUUUAUUGAUUGGAUCACGGCCUUCAUUAUUUAACAGUCGACCAUGUUGUGUACAGGAUGAAAAAUGUUCGAAAAUAAAUGCUGUGAUAGCCGUCAGUGGCCUCUGCUCUUGCCUGUGCCCGUGCCCUCAACGGUGAUCAGGGUUAACGCGUAAUUAUUGUA